AUGUCAUUAUCCGCCGCCCGGUUCCUGAUGGCCCGGGAAGCCGGCUCCAUGCCAGCGGAAACACCGGUAUCGUUACUCGAUAUUGGCAAUCUAUUCAUACCGCUCCGGGCAUUCUAUACGUGGAGGACUGCGGAAGAAUCACAACACGCAGCUACACAGGAAAGAGCUUCCACUCUUGUGUCUUCCAGAGACGGAGAAGACAGGAAAACUGUCAUCAUGAACGCCUCUAGAUCUGGCUUUCAGCCAAGCCUCCAGGUAUGGGUCAGGAAUGGCAGUCUGGAGAACCCUCGCAAGUUUUACAAUCAGGACUUCAAUUCCCUGAGAGACUGUCACCUGAAGAAGGGAACUCUGUUUGUUGAUGACGCCUUUCCCGCUAACCUCAACAGCAUCGGAUCUGGAAAGGACCUCGAUAUCAACACAAGGAAAAUAGAAACACACGGCAAAAAGCCGCAUUUGGUAGUUGAAGGCACGAGCUUAUUUGACAUUUUACAGAGUAAGCGACUAGGUGACUGUUGGUUCCUCUGUGCAAUGGGGGCUCUCACGCUAAAGCCAAACUUACUGAAGAACGUCAUGCCAGGAAAUCAAGAGUACGACGCAAAUUAUGCUGGAAUCUUUCAUUUCAGGUUAUGGCACCUCGGCGAGUGGGUGGACAUUGUCAUAGACGAUAUGCUGCCAUUUUUGAAUGGAGAGUUCCUAUACGUUCAACCAUCCUCCGCCAAUGAAUUCUGGCCUUGUCUUUUGGAAAAAGCCUAUGCAAAACUUUUGGGUUCAUACCAAAACUUGCAUUGGGGGUUCCCUGAGGAAGCCUUUGUGAACCUGACAGGUGGGAUAACUAUGACAUUUGAUCUCAAGAGCGUGCAAUUACAACGGAAUUACUUCUGGCAAAUGAUCAGCAAAGCGAGUCCGGACACAGUGAUGGCCUGUGUCAAUGGCAAACAGAAAGAAGCUCUUGACUUCCGGAGGGCAAGUGUACCGAUCACUCAUAUUGCAGAAAAUCCAGUUCUCAUUAACGGUCUGGUGCAGUCUCAUGCAUAUUGCAUAACGGACACUACACAGGUCGAAAUGAAAGAUGGAUUUGUUAAAUUAAUUCGGCUUUGGAAUCCUUGGGGUCAGGGAGAAUGGCGAGGAGCCUGGAAUGAUAAAAGUCCCACCUGGACGGAACUGAGAGAGGAAGAUAGGCAGAGGCUGCGGAGGGUCAGGGAUGAUGGUGAAUUCUGGAUGUCUUGGGAAGAUUUUUCUUUGGAGUUUUCCAUAAUUAUUCUCUGCAAUCACACCCCUGACUUCCUAGACUGGGGAGGACAGCACAGGAGAUGGUACAAGAAAAUGUUCUGGAACCGCUGGACCAAAGACGAGCUGUUCAGCAGGAACCCUCAGUACAUGAUAACCGUGACGUCUUCUGAUGAGGUGAACAAAGGGUACAAUGCGGUCAUAUUGCUCAUGCAAAGCAGCAGGAAUCGGCAAAAAUUUGAAGGUCAAUGGCUCCCAAUUGGAUUUAAGCUCUUUAAGGUAGGUAGUCAGUUCCAGGACACACGUGAGCCUCUGCCAGCUUCCUUCUUCAAUCGGGAGAGGCUAACAAAGUUGGAGGUUUGCAGACAGCGUGACACUACAAUGUCCUAUGGGCUGGCAGCGGGGAAAUAUGUAGUUGUCCCGUACACAAUGGAGAAAGAAAAGGAGGCUUCAUUUCUGCUGCAGAUAUUCCUGAAGAGCAAAGACUGUGCAAUUGAACUGAGCCCGGUGGAAAAAAUGAAGGAACAUGAAACUCACCCUUAUGAAGGUGUCUUCAAGCGCUAUGCCACUAAGGGAGCUAUAAGGAACUCCUGGGUUUUACAGAAGUGUCUGAAUGAGGUCUUUAUAAAAGACUUUCCUUAUGCAAAUGGAGUCAAAUUCACAAUUGAGAGCAGUCGUGGAUUGCUGGCAUCGAUGGAUGUAUCCUUUACGGGUAAGCUGGAGCUGGAUAACUUCUCUAGCUUGUGGAGAUACCUUACACAGUUUAAGGAUAUAUUUGCCGACAUUGAUAGCAAUCGCUGCGGUUACUUAAAUUCAGCAGAACUUCGUAAAGCAGUGAAUCGAGCAGGACUAAACGUGAGCAAAGACUUGUUUAAUCUCAUAAUUGCUCGCUAUGGAGACUCUGAAGAUAAACUAAACUUUGUAGACUAUCUGCUGUGUAUGGCGAGACUGAAAGCAGCUGCAAAAACCUUCAUGAAGCUAUCGGACGAUGGAAACGAAGUUUGCAUUAAUCAGGAGAAGUGGAUGGAACUAAUGGUGUGA